UCUAUAAAAUUGAUUGCAUUAAAACAAUUCAUGGAAAGAUUUAAUCACAUUAAAGUAGAUCUGUGGAAAGAUUUGAAUGCAUUAGAGCAGGUCUGUGGAAAAUUUGAUAUCAUUAAAAUGGAAGCUAAUAAAAACAAUG